AGUAGGACAAAAGUAGCCGGCAAGCCACAUCCAUCAUUGCCGCAGAAGUUUGUCUGCAGUCAGAAGAAGCGGGGGAAAGUUUUCCGGCUCGAAGAGCGAAGCUCCUGAUCCGUGAGAGGAGCGAACUGCUCCCAGACCAGAUCCUGAAAAAGAAGCAGACUUUCCGCAGACACGCUGGGAAAGGCGAGUCCAGACGUAACACAUAACUCCUGGUUUGCAGAAAACUACGAUGGCUGACCGUUUCGACUGUGAUAACUGCAAAGAAUCCCUGUACGGCCGCAAGUACAUCCAGUCUGAUGACAACCCAUACUGCAUUCCCUGCUACGACAGUCUGUUUUCAAACACCUGUGAUGAGUGCAAAGAGCUGAUUGGCCAUGAUGCAAGGGAGCUCUUUUACGAGGACAGACAUUAUCACGAGCAUUGUUUCCGUUGUUUCCGCUGCGACCGCUCGCUGGCAGAUGAGCCCUUCACCAGCCAGGAUGACGCGCUGCUCUGCAACGACUGCUACUGUAAUGAGUUCUCCUCCAAAUGUGUCGCCUGCGACAAGAUCGUCAUGCCAGGUACAAGAAAACUGGAGUAUGCAGGCUCCACAUGGCACGAGGGCUGCUUCAUCUGUCACAGCUGUGAGCAGCCAAUCGGCUCCAAGUCCUUCAUUCCUGACAAGGACGAGCACUACUGUGUGCCCUGUUACGAGGACAAGUUCGCUCCCCGCUGCAGCCGCUGUAAAAAGGCCCUGGCUAAAGGUGGCGUGACCUAUCGGGAUGAGCCGUGGCACAAGGAGUGUUUUGUGUGCACGAGCUGUAAGACGCAGCUGGCUGGUCAACAUUUCACCUCCAGAGAUGAAAACCCCUAUUGCCUCAAGUGCUUUGGCAGCUUGUAUGCCAAGAAGUGUGAGGCCUGCAGCAAACCAAUUACAGGUUUCGGAGGAGGAAAGUACAUCUCAUUUGAAGAACGUCAGUGGCAUCAGCCCUGCUUCACCUGCUCCCAGUGUUCCAUCUCACUCGUGGGCGCCGGCUUUUUCCCAGAUGCCGAUAGGAUCCUGUGCCGUGAAUGCCACAGCAACCUAUAAAGCACUUACUCACAGAGGUCUCACCAUUCCUUCUGUCCUUCAACAGCUUUUUUUUUUUAAAACACCAUGGGUUAUUUACCAAAGAGGGUAACACAGGCAAAAAAAAAAAAAAAAAAUCCUGCCUCAGGUUGUUUUAAUAUAAAGACAUUAGUUUAUGUAAGAGAAGCUAUGAUAAUGUGCAAAAUCGUGCUGACGCGGCGUUGUUUUGCAUAAAUCAGCACAAAGUUUUCUCUUUAGAAAGAAAGUUAAAAGAUUUUGUUUUUGGAGUGCCUUAUUACCAACAUUAUUUCAAUGUUAUUUAGUGUUGAAAAAAGAAACUGCAAAUGCUUGCCACUUUUCCAAAUAUGUCUUAAUUAAUGUUACUUCAGGGCUCUAAAGAAAAGACACAUAACACUGAUCUAUUACACAUCGCCUGUGGUCUAUAUUUCAGUUAUAUGGUGGAGUUACUGUUCUAAUGCUCUUAUAACUGCAGGUCCAUGCAUUUUGAAUGUUGCUUUUUAUCACCUUUUCAUUAUCGCUUUAUUAUCUAAUGUUUUGCUUUAUGCAUUUCUAACAAGUUACUGUAUAUAGUGACACAGAAGGAGGUGUGAUUCAUUUUGUAAAAAAAAAAAAAAAAAAAGUGUCCUGAUCCUGGACUGAUUUUUUUUUUUUUCCUUAAAUUUAAAGUGAAAACAAGUUGUUGUUGGUAGUUUUUUGGUUGUCAGGACAUUUCAUUUGCACUUUGGAAAAGAUGCGCCUUCGCUGCCACAUUAUGUGCACAUAAAUACACAACAGAAACACACAACAUAAGCAGCAGAUCUCUUUCUGCCACAUGUUUAGUUUUUUUUACUUCGCAGUGACACCUAUUUUACAUAAAGAUUAAUUUCAGCUUUCUUUUUUUUUAGUUUUGUAAUGUAUAUUUUUAAUAUCUGUGCACAAAGAGUAUGUUUAACUUUGAAAGAAAAUGCAAAUACUGUUUCACAUCGCAAAAAAAAUAUGCAUGCCUUGAUUUGCCACGGUUUCUCUCACUACUUAAUUUGUUGUUUUUAAUGUUAGCUACAAUCAUGUAUGUGAAAAAUUUUAGUGCUUCAACAAACUAUAUACUGCAUUACAGAUUUCUUGUUUUUGCUUUUAUAUUGGUCACACUUAAUCAAGCGAUCGCUUUGACCGCUUUUUCAAGUCAUCAAAACAACUCUUGCACGUAUCAGACAAAGAUUCAAAAUGUCGUUUUUGCAGGAUCAUUUUCUUUAUUAAGACAAACUCCUUAAGUCCAGGCCAACCUUGCUCUAUGUGGAAAAAGUAGACGUACCAAAUGGCUGUGCCGCCCAACAUUUGCCAAUAUGCAUUUGAAAUAACAUGCAGUGAGUCUUUUACAUCGCUAUUAAGGCAUUUUGGUCCAUUCUUCUUUUUUUUCAUCAGAUGGUUUUCCAACAUGAACUGCUGCUUUAGGUUAAUGUCAAAGCCUCUAAGUUGAAUUCAUGUCUUUGACAAGGCCACUCCAAAACAUUCUUUUUGUAAAAGAACUUUGAGCCAUUCGGAGAUGGUCCCUCUGUACACUUCGGAUCAUUGUCCUGCUGCAUAAUCCAAGUGUGCUCAAGCUUAAAUACGAAAACUGAUGGCCGGAUAUUCUCCUUCAGGAUUUCUGGUACAGAGCACAACUUGUGGUUCCAGGUCCUCAGGCAGCAAAGCAGUGUGACCGUUGGCAUAAUGUUCUUUUUCUAGAAAGCUGUGUUAUUGCUAUGCCAAAUGUCACCAAACGCAUAUCUACUUUUGUCUCGUCAGUCCGCGGAAUAUUUUCCACAAUAUUUUGGGAAUGAAGAUGUUUUGUUAGAAAAUGCAAAAUGGGACAUUGUGUGCUUUUUAUUCACCAGCCAGUGUUUUUUUUUUUUUUUUUUUCAUGGAUACCGUUUUUAUUCCCAGACUCUCUCUUAAUGUUAAAUAUUGAACACUCACUUAGUGCAGUGAGGCCACCCGUGUUGAUGUAUUCCUGGGUUAUUUCAGGACCUCCUUGAAGAGCGAUCGAUGGGUCUUUGAAGUAAUUCUGCUAGCCCAGCCAUUUGUGAGUAAGCUAGACUGAUAAUCUGUAGCAUUCUACGUUACGUUCUGCACAUUAUCCAUCUGGUCUUGAUACUGUUGAAUAUGUUUGGGGAAAAGAGGGAUAUUCAGCAGAACUUUAUGAGCUGAUUGGGCGAAGCGACACCAAGUGCCCACCUACCAAAAUUUGGUUUUAGUCAAUCACAGUAUCAAAUGAAAAGGUUGUAAGCAGCAUACACCAUGAGAAACCACAAUAAGUUACGUUGCACAAGGCACGUGUUGCUGUUCUUCUUCCAAAGAAUUAGGGUUCGGCUGUGGGCUCGGCACGUCUUGCUGUCACAGCUGUAUGGCCUGCCUCAAACCAUAAUACUGCAACGUGAUUCAGCGCACAAAUACUUUUGAAUGCACAAAUGUUGCAAGAGCUUAUAGGUAAGGUUAAUAUCUGGAAAGGGUUACCACUGUUCCACACCCUUUAUUUUUAACUUUUCUUAUUUAUGGGUAAUUGAGAGAUGCCAAUGUCUUCUUAAUCUAUUAUUGAAUAUCUUUAGAACGAGCCACCAGGUGUUGUAUAUGAAGCUGUUAUAGCCUGCUUCUUGUUGUCAAACAGGUCCUAUUUAUAUGAUUUCUGCCUUUUUCCUACAGGUCAGGCAGUAAUCAAGCUUGGUCUGGCUAGUGAAAUUGAACUCAGCCUUCUUAAAAAUGUGGAUAGCUUUCUUUCCCAUUAUAAAUGAAACUAUUUCAAAACUGCUUUUAUUAUUUACCAAGGUUUCUUUUUGUUAUGUAUCCUGUCUGGCAGUGUAGCACUAAGGAUUGCCGUCUUAAUGCGAAAGAGAGACCAAGAGAUUUACUUUCACAAGUGGAGCAUUACUGCUGUCACUAUAGUGCUCUGCUUGGUACAUAUGUAUAAAAAAAACAAAAACUUUAUUGGACAUUAUUUUUGCAUUAUUUCAAAUUCAAUGGACACAGAAACCUAAACGUGAGAAAAAGGUGACGCAAAACAUUGAAGGGGAGAGAAGGUGACAAAAACAGCGCAGAGAAAAAAGAGGGUGCCAGAUAACGUCAUUGGAGUCUGCUUCUACGCCUGCAGAAAGAGAUAAAAAAAAACAUCACUGCAAAAUACACAGUAUUGUUUAUUACAAGAUGUAUUUAGUGACAGCCAAAGCUAACUCUAGGGUUUUUUUGUAUAGAAGUGUAUCUGUAAGCACCUGGAUCCAAACAGCUGUGGGUUUUGUGAGAGUACACUUGCAUAUAUUUAAGGUUUAUCCAUAAGGAAAAUGUUCAGUAGUGAUUAUGAGGAGCCAAAGAUCCGCCUCCCAGAACGGCGACGCAGACACCGGGGGGACCAGAACCCCAGACUAAGAUUUCUUUGUCUGGAAUUAAAAUUUGUUUGAUGACUUGAAACUUUUAAGUGUGACACAACAAAAGAAAACAGUGGAAAUCUGUAAAGAGGCAAAAAAAAAACCUUUUCACAAUAGUGUAGGUAUAGUUUUUGUUUUGAUUAUUUCGGCUUUGAUGCUGGUGAGUCAGAGUUGGCCAACAAAUGUUUUGAGAUGGAAAAUAUGCCAUCAAGAUGACAAUCGUUUCAGCUUAAUGUAAAUCAGUUUUUGACUGUUGUGGAUAAAUUGUUACUGCUAUUUCUAAAGAGCAAUUAAAUAAAGUGACACUGACUUAUUCUUUUUUA